AUGGAAUACACUGCACACUCUACGCCGCCCAUGGGCCAAUCGCCAUUCUUCUACUACAGCCCAGACCCGAGCCCAGAGACCAAACAACACGGACGCUUCUCGACUCACCCGCAGCAGCGACAGGUCUUGCCAAUGGCCAUCUUGCCAUCCAGCCAGGAGCAGCUCAUGUCGUUCCAGCAGCCCAUGUACCAGCAGCCCUCCGCCGGUGCGCCAAUGGCAUUCCACCCGCACGCUCACAUGUAUGGCUCGCAAGCCAUGCUUACACCGGCAGCAUCGCCUCGCCACGAGCAAAAGCCAAACUACCUCAUGCAGCACGAGAUGCACGGUCUGUUGCCCAUCGACACGGACUGCCGAUCAUACUUUCCAGCGACACCGACUCUUUCAGCUUCGGGAUCGUUUAGCUCCAUGUCCAGCCCGCCAUCGACCUGCGACAUUCUCCCGACUCCGGUCACGGGAGUAUUCUUCUCAAAGUCGAUCAUGACCGGCUUGACUGCUGUCAAGGAGGGAUGCGAAGAUGAAGUCUUCACCGAAGUCCUCGCUGGCGGGGACUGGACACACCCGGGCUCGCCGCCGAUGACCCCCGUGUUCUUGCAUCAGGGCUCGAUCUCCGCCGCAAGCGAUGUCUCAUACCAGAUUGCUCCCGGGUCUUCACACGUUUCACCGUCUCCUUCUCCAGUGCCGCGCUCGGUCGUCUCGGAGCAAGACGUUUGCGAUCCUCGACACCUGACCGUUGGUAACUCUAUCACCGAGUUCAUCGCCAUGUCAGCCUUGUGCGAUGAAGAGGAGCCCAAGCUUGUCUCCAAGGGUGCGAAUGUCUUGGCACCGGCUGAGCCGCACGUGCAAAUCGCGUCCCCGGUCGAAUUCGUCACUGCCUUUGGCACCAACCCCGCUUUCGAGCCUAUCUUCGAGCUUGACGACUGCGACGACUUCUCCAGCAUGAUGGCACCUGAGAUUCACUUCAACGGCAGCAAACGCCAGCGUCUUGACCUGAGCACCGGCACUAUCGACGACGAUGCCUUCUUCAGCGAAGAAAGCUUCAGCGACGAAGAUGACCUCGCUGUCGCCGCCUACUCACCACCGUCGGAAUUCUCCGUCCCUGACGACGCCUUUGCCGUCGAUCUGAACUCUAAGCGCAAGGUUCCCAAGCAGAUCGAGUCCAAUCAGCAUGCCACCGACGCUACAAGCCAAGAGAACAACACCGUCACCACCUCCACGGCGCCUAGCACCACUUCGGACAAGGCUGAGUCCGCUGCCCAGACUCCUUCCGGAUCGGGCAGCAUCUCUCGCCGCGGACGCAAGCAGUCGUUGACCGAUGACCCGAGCAAGACCUUUGUCUGCACACUCUGCAGCCGUCGCUUCAGGCGUCAGGAGCAUUUGAAGCGUCAUUACCGCUCUCUCCACACUCAUGACAAGCCAUUCGAGUGUACCGACUGUGGCAAGAAGUUCUCCCGCUCGGACAACUUGAGUCAACACCAACGUACUCAUGGUGCUGGCACAAUGGUGAUGGGUGUCUUCUCACAGCCCAAUGACCAACACAUGCACCAAUCACACAUGGAAGCCGUGAACGGUGGCGACGCCGGUAGCCUCAUCCGGCCUAAGAACGAGCAACACUUCGCGCCUCAGCCUCUCAUGCAACAGCGUGUUAGCCCUGCAGCGGGCGAGCUUGGUGCCAUGCUCUUCGAUGUGACUGCCCAGGCUGCUGGAUCUGGCUCAAGCUCUUCGAGCAGCGCAAGCUUCUCGGAUCGCGACUUCAGCCCAAGUGAGGAUCAAAAACUUUCAAAAACCCAGAAGCGCAAGCGAGAUGAAUGA